CUCUCGCAGUUUCUCUCUCUCUUUCAGUCAAACGGUUGAGUGAAAGUGUGUGUUUGUUGUUUCGCUUGUUUCCUCAAACCUGUUCAUCGACUAAACCCGCAGUUGUGUGUGUUAUUCUGCCGUGUUUGCCGGGACUGUUGGCGGAUUUUGAACGGAAGUCCAUCUCAGUGUGAGCCAUCAGUGUGAAGAAUGCUGUUCUGAGACCAGUUUUGCACCACAGACACCUCUGUACAGACAUGCCCAGACACAACAUGGACACCAUUCGCAGAUCGCCCUGGAUCCUGAGAGUUGUGGAGCAGAGCCCAGUUUCAUCAGGAGCCGAGUCCGACACCGAGGGCAGCAGCACAGAAAGCGAGCGGUACCGGAUCAAACACACAGGCGGAGACUCUGAGAAGAUCCUGACCACGCCCUCCAUGAUGCAGCAGCGAAUCACAGAGCUCGACCAGCAAAGGGAGGAGCUAAAAAUAGAGCUGCAGCUGGAGGUGGCACUGCUGCGGGCGGAGCUGCAGGCGGAGCAGGAGCGUCUGCACAGACACACAGAUCAGCUGCAGGUGCUGCAGGAGAAACACAAACACAGGAGGAGCCAGCGAUCCACACGGAGAGAGAAGGAGCGUGUGGAGCUGGAGGAACAGCGUCUGCAGGUGGAGAAGAUAAAGAGCAGGUGUGAGGAGAUGGAGAAGCAGAUCCCGUCACAGCCGGAGGACCAGAGAGAGCAGAUGAUGCUGCAGCUACAACAGGAGAAGGAUGCUCUGGAGGCCACACUGCGGGUGUUUGAGGACCUGGAGUUCAGCGUUCUAGAGCUGGAGAGUGGAGUAGAAGAAGAGCGAGACGGAGAGGAUGGAGAGACUGAAACCGUCAUCGAGACAGAAAUAACCAGAGUACAACACACACGCAACGCCUCUCAGGAACGAGUGCAGCAUCUGGAGAAGCAGCUGAAGGAGAUGGAGAAGGAGAAGGAGAAAGCACUGAGCUCCCUCCGGCAGGAGAAGAAAGAGCUGCUGCACAGGACACACCGGAUUUUGAAAGAGAAGAAGCCGCUCACUGAUUGGUCCAACAUCACCGGCUCCGCCCCCUGUAUGAUGUCACUCAGCCCUCUGACCAUUCACAGGGCAGCGCAGGAGUCUCUGAAGGACUCGUGCAGUUUACCGCGCAGACGCAGCUCUCACAGGAAGACCACAGACAGACCCAUGUCUGCGCAAGUGUUGGUGCGGAUGACUCCAGACACACACACAGAGUCUGCAUCUCCUCGGCUCCAUCAGCCGGCUCAUCGGCUCAGUAACAGACAGAAAACGGCGGCGGCAGACACAUCACACACACCCUGCAACAGCACAAACACCUCCCGCGCACCCAGCCCUCAGAACCUCCUGGAUUUGGUGGAGAUCGAGAGGAAACUCAGAGAAGCAAAAGCAGAGCGAGAGCGACUGCUGAGGGAAAGAGAGGAGCGUCUGAUGGAGGAACAGCAGAGACAGAAAGAGCCUUUACAAACACACACGGACACACUGAAAGCAAACACACACACUGCAGAACGGACACAGAUUAGCUCAACAAACCACACACUCGAGGGUGUUCCUCUGUCCCUGACGCUGGACUUUGACCUGCGGGCUCAUGUGGAGUCUCUGGGUCAUAAUGUGUCGGGCUGUAUGGGUGUAAAUCUGUCCUCCAGACGCUGUGGAGGAUUCCUGACCAAACGCGGCGGUCGAGUGAAGACCUGGAGGAGGAGAUGGUUCAUCUUUGACCUGGACCACCAAAGACUGGCCUACUACACCGAGCUGGAUGAGAAGAAGCUGAAGGGUGUGAUUUAUUUCCAGGCCAUCGAGGAGGUUUAUUACGAUCAUCUGCGGACGGCAGCGACAUCUCCGCGUCCCAGUCUGACGUUCUGCGUGAAAACCUACGAGCGUCUGUUUUUCCUGGUGUCUCACAGCGCAGAGGCCAUGAGGAUAUGGAUGGACGUGAUCGUCACUGCCACUGACGAACACAGCAGAUACUGAACACACACAUACAGAUACACUUACACACUGACAUACACUCAUACACACUCACAGAUACACACUGAUACACACACAAAUACUCACUCACACACACACAUAUGUGAGUGCAGGGUAUUCCAGGAUUGACUCUGCUGCCCCCUGCUGUUACACUACACACAUCACACACACACUCCAGAUUUUAGCUAUUUAUAUUUAUUAUUGUUUCCUAUUCAUCGCUCAGAUUUUGCUACGGAAAUAGUUUUGGGUAAAAAUACUGCAAAGUGUUAAUAAAUAUUUACAUUCCAAACAACAA